AUCUUUAACUGAAUACCAUCCUUACACGUCAAAGCAUAAAUUGAGAAAGGGCUGAAAGCAACACCGUCAAAAUGCCUCAAGCUCAGCCAGAACUCAAGAAGUACAUGGAAAAGCGGUUGUUUGUGCAACUGAACGGAAAUCGCAAAGUGAUUGGUAUUCUACGAGGUUAUGAUGUCUUUAUGAACAUUGUUCUUGACGACGCCGUGGAGGAAAAGCCCGAUGGAGGGAAAGAUAGGUUAGGCAUGGUGGUUAUUCGAGGAAACUCGGUCGUCAUGCUUGAGGCACUGGAGCGUAUCGGCGAUUAAAUAAAGAAACGUAACAGCUCACAGCUCCCUUCUCUCGGCACAAUUAUCAAAAAAAUCUCGAGCACGGAAAGACAGUUAAUUACACUUGGGUUCAAUUCUUUCUUUGUUAAACAUCACUGGAGUUCACGGAUGGCCGGCUUUUUUAAUCGCACGUGUGUUAUUCUUGAGGAUCUUUAUUCGUUUGUGUCCGAUUACAGGGCAUAGAGAGAGGGAGUGAGGAAGGGGGUAGGAAAAAGGGAAUAGGAAAAUGACAUGGAAGCUCUGUUGGUCAUCUGGAAGGACUUCUUCAGGACUGAGAAAGGGGCCAUUUGUUCUUCGAAGAGGAAGGGAUCAGAUGCAGCCCUGCAAAAUUCGCUAUGUUCUUUGAAGAAUGAGGAAGCAUUCGUUGCAGAAAUGAUGAUAUCGAAGAGAUACCCUAUAUGAAGGAAAUAGAAUAAACCUGCACAAAUUCUCCUAAGGC